AUGCAGUUCGCCGAGAUGAUUGAGUUACGACGAGUUUCAUUUUCAGUCCUUGUACCUGACGGAGUAAAAGACGAAUCAGCAGCGCCAAUUUGUUGCGCUGGAGUGACCGCAUACAAAGCAUUGAAACAAAGUGGCCUCAGGGCUGGGCAAACUGUAGUAAUUCUGGGGGCAGCAGGAGGCCUUGGAAAUUAUGCUGUUCAGUACGCCCUUGCAAUGGGUCUGAAAGUGGUCGGCAUUGAUAAAGGAGCUGAAAAGAUUGAGUCUUUGAAGAAGUUUGAAGGGAUAACUGCAGUGGAUGUGGAAACUGAUGACUGCAGAGGAAAGGUUCUGUCGUUGACCGGUGGGCUCGGGGCUCACGCAGCAAUAGUUUUUGCAUCCACUGCAAAGGCAACUGAGAAUGCUCUGACUUUGGUCCGGACACGUGGCACAGUCAUUGUGGUCGGACUAGCACCUGACCCAAUCAAGGUUGACACUGUCACUCUAGCUCUUCGAAUGAUCACGAUCCGGGGAUCCCUAGUUGGCACCGUGACAGACCUUCGAGAGGCCAUGGAUUUCCUGGCCGAAGGAAAAAUCGCGAGUCGUCCGCAAAUCAGAAAGUUUGAGGAGGUCAAUUCAAUCUUGGAUGAACUCGCCGCGGGCAAAGCAAUCGGAAGGACCGUCGCCAUCAUUUCCCCGGACGAAAUUUCCUCUUGAAUUUUUUCUCAAUAAGAAAACGAAGAAUUUCUUUCAGUUCAAAAAUCCAAUUUCUACAGAAUGAUGUUAUGGAUCAGUUAUCAAUUUUUUUUGUACCUUCGAAAUAUCUAUAUGAGGGGCUACACGUUUCCGCGUGGACUUGUUUCGGCGCGGACUUGAAAUGAUCUAAACUAUAUACUGAACACCAGGGAUAUUUAAAAACAUUUUUCUCAUGUUCACUAGUUCCAAGAGUCUUGGCAGACGCCUUCUCAAUGUCAUCAGCACCAAUUUGUACACACUCCUCAGCCCUUUUGUUCCAUGAGUUGAAAGAGGCUUUCAAGCGUUCAAUUGUUAAAUUUUGAAGCUUUCCCGGAGAACAACAGCAACAAGCUGAUCCGCGCAGAACCGUGUAACCCCUCGUAUAUUAUAUUGCAUUGACCUUCCGACGCUUUUCUCACUCUGUCGACUGUUGCAAAAAUCUUAUUCUCCUGCAUAAAUAAAAUUACACCUUUUUGCUUCUUCCGGAAGUGCGAGUCACGCGUCCGGAUGCGACCCGAUCUGAGCACAGGAACCCCGUGAAACAUCAAAGGAUGCAGCCCGCGUUUCCAAGGCAGGAAAAGCGUGCUUUGGAUUUCGGACGUGUUGCCCCAACAGUUUCGUUGCAGCUGCUCUGGGGAACGGAUGCAAUGUGCCAUUCCUGUACUCACAAGUGACGAUUCGUCGAUCUUUCGCAAAUUUACCCAGUACUUUAUAUAUACAA